AUUGGCGCGGAACCGGUGAUUUGCAACUCGAAAAAGUUAAAGAACUCAAGGUUAACUUGAAUAUUUUCCUAUUUCUUUUGACUCCUUUGUCAUGUCUGCUAUAGUAAAUGGACAAGGAACAUCGCAGCGAAAAGCAGGAGCGAAAGUCACGGUAGUAUUGGGUGCACAGUGGGGUGACGAGGGAAAAGGAAAACUAGUGGAUAUUUUGUCGACGAAUGCCGAUCUGGUGUGCCGGUGUCAGGUUUGUAUUGUAGCACAACCUAGUCACAUAGAUCCUUGAAACAAAGUUUUUUAACAUUGUAUAUUGCUCUUCUGAAACAAACUUUGAACGACCAGACUAGGAUCGCUGAUCUCGUUUCAGUUUUUGUAAACAGUGACAACAAAGACUGCAUCAAUUGAAAACACAGAAAUUACCAUUGGAUGGCGUAACUGAUCUUUUAGUUUGCCUUGUCGCUGUUGUCAGUAUUGAGGGUCAAUUGACCUUAGCUUAUCAUCACUGCAAUGAUGAAAUACUGAACAUUUGAAGUCAACAUGUAAUUUGAUUUUGGUACAACAAUGGAACCUCUGUCGAAGGGACAACAAAACACAUGCAUGCCUGCACCGAUUGACACCGACCCUCGGGACCGAGGGAAGUGUCCCCUGAAUAGACGUUAGGCUGGGGUUUGUUAACAAUUAACGAACAAAGACUGCGACAUUAUAAUAUGCUGAAUUCACACAAAUGCAGUCCCAAUACAGGGUUUUUUGGACAAACUUGAAAACUAUUUCAAAUUUUCAGACAAGCAUCUCACCAUGAUUUUAAUAAGGAAGUACCCCCUGCCAUGAUUUUUACACUAAUUUUUUUAGACCCUUUAUUUACUGAUACAAAUUUUUUGUACAGUAUUCACUCUAAAUGAAUUGCUUUAAUGAAUUACAUGGGUGUGUAAAAAUGAAAUUUCUUCCUGAUUACCUAGGGUGGUAACAAUGCGGGACACACAGUUGUUGUCGACUCCAAAGAAUAUUUCUUUCAUAUGGUCCCAAGGUAAGAUUUACCAUAAUCACAACUUGAAAAUGUUUCUUCUUGGGUGCGUUCCUUUGAUAUGAUCCAGAUCAGGAUCAGUGAUCCGAGAUCAUUUGGAUCAUGGUAGAUCAAAUGAAGCGAUGAAUCCUUGUCCAGAGUGGAUUCAUCGGUUCAUUUGAUCUUCCAUGAUCCAAGUAAUCUCGGAUCACUGAUCCUGAUCCGGAUCAUCCCAAAGGAACGCACCCCUUGUUUACAAGAACUGAAUUAUAGUGCAUCAUCAUUUGCAAGAAGUCUUUAUCCAUAACAUCAUGUGGUAGAACAGAAAUUACUAAUAUAGGCAUCAAAGACUAGAAAUGUAGCUGUUACAUUUGUACAUGUGUAAAAUAAUAAUUCUAGCAAAUGAAAAUCAGUUUUCUUGGUGUUUCCCUUGUAUAGUGCAUCAGUCAGAAAAUUGUCAGCUCUCAAAAAGACUUAAAAGUAGCAUAGAUUGAAUAACACUUAUUCCUCAAACAACAAGCACCUAAUUAGGUGAAGUGUGUAAAGGAAAUUUGUCUCACAAUGAAUAAUUUCCAAAUUACUUUAUUAUACUUUUAUGACUGAUUUACUAUGACUGGUUAGUGCUUGAUAGGUGAUAUUAUUUUUAUUAUAAUUUUAGUGGGUUAAUACAACCAAAUGCUGUUAGUGUUAUUGGUAAGUAAAAAGUUUCCCUUUUUUUAUUUAAAACAUUGUACUUUCUUCUUAUAAUAGUAUAAUAAUGCUAUAAUUACUUAAUGUUUGAGUAAACUAUGUUGAUUAAUUUUUAAAAAUAUAUCUAUACAUUAACAUAAUUUGGACAAAAUAAAAAUGUAUUUUAAAGGCUACGGCUAUGCAGUUCUGGGACAUACAUGUGGAUACAUGCAGAACCUCCUGAAAAUGCCUAAUGGUGCUGGGAAUCAAAUAACAGUGUUGUUCCGUGCUAAAUGCACUCAAGGAAAAUAGCUUUACACCAAUCCCCAUCAUAUGCCUUUUCCUAUUUGAUAAUACGAUCCCCUGAAAACUCCACAUAAUUUUUCCUAUUUAUUUUUUGUCUUCAAUGAGAAAACCUGUACAGUCAACUCUCUCUUAACAGACACCUUUAUAAGACACACACCUUGCUAGGAUGGACACCCAGAGUUGGUCCCUGCCUUUCUAUUUUCUUUAAGUACGUUGACUCUCUAUAAGACGGACAUUUCUCUAAGAUGGACACACAGUGCUGGUCCCAUUGAAAGGGCCUGUCUUAGUUGAAGUGAGUUGACUGGAAUCUGAGUUGGAAAAUAGUAAAUUUCAGUAAAUUGAUCCCUGAUGCUAAGAUGUUACUGAGAAACAAUUUUUUGGUUCCGUUAUUUUAAGACCACAGUGAUGACAUGGUAGCGGAAAAGAUAGUUGCUAUGAAAUCCUAGGGAUUGUUUAAUGAUCAUGAUUGCACAGGACUGACUACAUCAUCAUGUCCAUGUACACGUUGUUUAUGCUUUUUUACUUGUGGUUUUUGUAGGUAAUGGUGUGGUUAUUCACAUUCCUCAGUUUUUUGAAGAGUUACAAGCACUUGAUGCAAAAGGUAGCCAAAAAUGUCCCUUGCCUUAUCUGUUCCAUAAUCAAAAAAGCUUAAAAUCUGUUAUUUAACCAGUGCAUUUUAUAUUUUUGUAGGGGUGCCAGAUUGGCAGGGAAGACUUUUAGUCUCUGACAGAGCACACAUAGGUAUUGAAUUUUUUGUCUCUUUUGUCUAAAUAUGCUGUAAAUGUUUUAUUGCUGUUAUUACAGUGGUUUUUACAAGAAAUCAUUGUAUAUUAUUAUUAUUUUUUAUUUCAGUCGAUUUCUAUUACAUGUGUACCGUAUUUAUUCGAAUAAGCGCCCAACCUCGAAUUAGCGCCCACCUCGAAUAAGCGCCCGUCCUAAAGGCAGAAAAAGUUAAUAAGCGCCCAGCCUCGAAUAAGCGCCCACCCCCUCCCCAUCCCAAUCAAACUCAAAUAAGCGCUCACCCCUACCCCACCUACUUGAGUGAAUAAAUUCUAAUAAGAGACUUCCCUGAGGACGGAGUUUUCUUCAGAGUAUUUUACAGAAACCUUGCUUUGUUACUUCUUCGCGUUUUGUUAUUAGCAUUUAUUGUUUUCUUGCAAAAUCAACAUACUACACUUGCUGAAAAUGGUGAAAAUUUAAUAAGCGCCCAGCCUCGAAUAAGCGCCCACCUCGAAUAAGCGCCCACUCUCAAGGUACAAAAAUUUAAUAAGCGCCCAGGGCGGUUAAUCGAAUAAAUACGGUAACUUUUUUUUAUAGUUUUUGAUUUACACCAGGAAUCAGACAAGUUAAGGGAAGGUGGCAAAGGAGGGUGAGUUUAUUAGGACUUUUUUAAUUCAUUUUUGUAAAGAUCAACCUCAGGGUUUGUGUUUUUGUUUUGAAAAACGUAUCCUACUAGGCUAGGCAGACUAAUUUUGUAUUACUAUGUUUUUUUAGGUUAGGAACCACAAAGAAGGGAAUUGGACCCACUUAUGCCUCAAAGGUACUUAAUACAUUUAUUAGAUUUUUUAAAAAAAUCCAAUAAUUGCUGUGAGUGUUUGAACAGAGUGUUAGUACAAGUGCUAAAUUGUGAUUGGGUGGCCUGUGCAAUACUGAUGGGUGAAAAGUAAACAAUAUUGAAAUUUACCUAAAUGCAAAGUGUCCAGGUGGAUAUACCAUUGCAAUAGAGUGAUAUUGAGCAUCUUGAACAAGAGAAAUAACAGUUUGUGUUGUUUGUUAGGCUCAAAGGAUUGGACUGAGAAUAUGUGACUUGGUUGGAGACUUUGAAGUUUUUGAAAAACGGUAAGUAGUACUCUUUCAAGCAUGAUUGCCACAGUCAAUGAUAUAUGAAUGUACUUCCACAAUUUUAAUGUUGGAUGUCACAACUAUGUACAUGUAGUUACUCUUUUUAGGGAUUAUUCACAUGAAACUUAUCCAAAAUCGGUAUCAGUCGGUAUCAGUUAUCUAUAUCAUAUUUGUUGAAAUUAACAUUCCCAAUGGGAAAAAUAUUAUAGUUGGUACUGUUUAUCGUCCGCCUAAUUAUAACACUCGGGACUUUUUGGACAAAUUUAAUGAGAUUCUUGCUAAAAUAACUAGAAAUGACAAAUAUUGUUAUUUGGGUGGAGACUACAAUAUAGAUCUGUUUCACUAUUCCGAUCAUGCCCCUACUCAAGAAUUUGUUGAUAGUCUAUUUUCCCAUAUGUUCAUUCCUCUAAUCAAUAGACCGACUCGGAUCACUGCUCAUUCGGCCACACUUAUUGAUAAUAUAUUCACGAAUAAUGUAAGGUGUAAACAUUUCAAUGGUAUUGUUAUUAAUGAUAUUUCUGACCAUCUACCGGUUUUUGUUUAUGAAGUGGAUGAGACAGAAAUAGCGUCGAAAAAUAGCCAAACUAAAUAUCUCACUAAAAGAGAUUUUUCAGAAAGAAAUAAGAGCAAUUUUCGGCUCUCUCUUUCUCGUGUUAAUUGGAAUUUACGUUUCGAUGAAAGCGAUACUAAUGAAUGUUAUAAUAGUUUUGUGAGUGAGUAUGUUCGAUUAUACAAUGAAAGCUUUCCAUUAAAAACGAUAAAACUUAAAACAAAGAAAGUAAUGCGCUCCCCUUGUUUUUAUCGACGAGCAUCUAACGUGGAAGCCGCAUAUUACUUAUAUAUGUAAGAAAAUUUCAAAAUCUAUUGGCGUCAUGUUUAGGUCUCGUUUCUUUCUUUCUGAAACAACAAAAAAGUCUCUUUAUUAUACCUUAAUUUAUCCUUAUUUAACAUAUUGUACCACAGUUUGGUCCUCCACUUAUGUAACAAACCUUAAUAGAAUUUUUCUUCUACAAAAGCGAGCAGUACGAAUUAUUACAAAUGCAGAUUUUCGCGCGCACUCUGAACCAUUAUUUUUCCGUUUAAAGAUUUUGGACAUAUACAACAUUAAUUCAUUCUAUACUGCACAAUUUAUGUUUUCAUAUUAUCAUCAAUUACUGCCACCGCUUUUUUCGAACCUUUUUGUUACUAGUAGCAAUAUUCAUAAUUAUAAUACUAGAAGUUCCUCGCAUUUCCGUUCUCAUGCCUGCCGAACUAACACCAAACAAUUUUCUAUUUUGUUCCAAGGCCCUAAAAUUUGGAAUUCUUUACCAAACUCAGUCACUUCGAUUUUUACAUUGCAAUCGUUUAAAACGAAAGUUUUUGAUUUUCUACUAUAUCGAUAAUGCGUCUUGUACUGUCCGUUGUUGUGUGUUGUUAUAGUUCUAUUGCUUAAUAUUAUUGUAACGAGGGGGCCUCCUCGUACAAGCCUUGUGGUUUUCUGAGGUCCCCUCGCCACAUCUUUGUAUAAUGUAAUGCUUGUGUAAUCUUUAUUGUGGGAAAAUAAUAAAUAAAUAAAUAAAUAAAUAACAUUGUUUUUGCAGAUUCCGAGGACUUGUGUCACACUUUCAGAGACUGUAAGUACUGCACUAAAAUGUAUGUACAUUGUACAUGUAUAAAAGUUAACAAUUGUGAAAUGUUUAAGGCAAGAGUCCAAAAUAAAAUUUUGGCCUGUAAGACCCUACUCCCUGUUGUAAUUUCCAGUGACCAUUUAUGGGCAUAGUGUGCAGGGUAUUUUCUGGAACCACCAGUAUAAAUAUAAUGAAUUAUCAUCAUAUCCUCAUUGCAAAGUUCUUUGUGGUUGAUUUACAGUGUAAUGUAACAUUUUUAAUCUUAUUGCAUUUUACCAUGACAAAAGAUAUCCAGACCUCAGCACAAAUGUUGAAGACGAGAUUGCAAAGUACAAGGUAUGAUAAUAAAAGCAAGCGAUACAUAUGUGGCCAGCUAGACUGAAACAUAAGCUGACAUUUUCUAUUGUUUCUAGUGAUUUCCCACACUUAACAGUGAGCUAACAUACUAUGAAUAAAAGUUAAACUAUGUAUGCAAAGGGGAUGGCACGAUGUUGCUUGACCUAUCUUUAACAAAUAGGGUCAAGCUCCAUUAACUGCAUUUUACAGUAUUGCAUUGUAUAUUAACUUUCCAAUAAGAACUUCUACUGUUAGCAUGCUCACUGUACCAACAUUAGGUGAUUUACAGAGUAAUUCUAUUUCUGAAAUAAUGUCAAAUUUAAAAUUAUUGUUUGUCAUGUACAUGUUAAGGUUCUGUUUACAAAUUAUAGCCAAACCCAUCUAGUUGGUUCAUCUUUGUUUAUUAUUGGGCUGAUAUAAUAUUCUGUCUCAUCCUUUACAAAUAAUAACCUCUCUGUGCGAUAAUUUUGGGUAUUGAGUGUACAGGUGUGCAUUAAUUCAUGAGGAGUUUUAAAAUAAAUAUUGUGUCUUCUUUUGUAGCACUAUGCAGAAAAGAUCCGCCCCAUGGUUUGUGACACAGUAACUUACAUGCACAAAGCCCUGCAGAAUGAAUCUGCCAACAUUGUAGUGGAGGGAGCCAAUGCUCUGAUGUUGGACAUAGACUUUGGUAAGUUUUUAUUUAAUUCUCUCUUCUUUUCCGAAAUUUGCAUACAUUGAAGAAGCUUAUUUUGAAGAAGAGACACAGACUCUAAGACGACAUUAAUUUACUAAAAGGCUGUCCUUAAAUCUUCUGGGCAUGGUUCCUGUAAGGUUGUUUAUGACUUAGAUCGAGGAUUAGAAUAAUCCUGUAGCCCAUAUUAAUUAAUUCUGUAGAUUUUUUCGAUCAGUGCCAUCAGAUCUUGCAUGUGUUUACUGUCAUGAUCUCAUAACUGGAAAUCAACAGAAAGAAUCAACAUAAUUUACAAGCUCCAAUUUUGUAUGUCCAAAGAAUAGAAAACAUUGCAUAAAAUUUGGCUAAACUAGCUUGGGUGGGGAUUAAACUUUAUCAUCUUUCACAAAACUAUAGGCUCGGCAGGAUAACAAUAGAGAGAUAAAAAGAGUAACUUACAUUUACGGCAAUGGCAAAUGUGAAUUUGUACGUGUACGAAUUAGUGACCAAGUUUUGCCUUUACUUGUUGUUGACUGUUCAUAUAACUACACAGAAAUCAGUGGAUAUUCACACUACUAGCUUCACUAAUAAAAAUUGUUUUAAGCUGUUUUUGUCUGCUAAUUCUCUACUUUGAGAAUUUCUCAACUUGAAUCUAACAUUUGCUGUUUUCUGUAAACUUGACUCUAAAUCUCUCUACACUGUAAUUACUCAAGGAAAUAAAAACCUAACAUUGUUUUUAUUCACCAGGUACAUACCCUUACGUGACUUCCUCUAACUGUGCAGUAGGUGCCGUGUGCACUGGACUCGGCAUUCCACCAACUGCAAUAGGAAAUGUUUAUGGAGUGACCAAGGCGUACACAACAAGGGUUGGCUUGGGAGGAUUUCCAACUGAACUUAAGAAUGUAGGUUGUUUAUAUUUUGCUUUGUCUGAAAGAUUUCUCGGAAGUUUUUUAAGUAUUAAAAGACAAAAGUUUAUUCAAUCUGACCCAAACGUGCAUUGGUGGUAUUGGCUAUUAACAGGGAUGCCAGCCACAGGAGAUCUAAAAUCUGGAGACUCUCUACUUUUGCAUGUCUCCCAACCCCCCCGCCCCACAAAUGUCAACAGCCCUACAAAAAGAAAAGCUCUUAAUAUCCUGUUUAACCUGUUUAAAAAGUCUUGAGAGCAAUUGGUAUCAAAUUCCUCCAUGUCAUUUAACGCAUUUAUAAGACAGAGUAAAAAAAAUGGGAGAUAGUAGGUGUCAAACCCAGUCUCUUUGGCUCUGAAGGUUAUGUGUUGUUGCAUGCACGACAACAAUAGAAAUGACCUCACAUUCAUUCAUUCAUUCAUUAAGCCAGUAAGCGCAAAAUUCUAACCUGAAAUCAAAGUUGUCUUGUGACAUAUUCAACCGUUGAAGCUCUCUUUUCAAUUUUAUUGACAUCUAUUAAACUUUUCUCCAUGCACUUCUUCAAGGCACUAAAUCAUGUAAUGAAAGAAGGAGUGUUCAUAAUAUAGCCUUAAAUGACUUUUGAUAAACUGCUAAAUUCUCCUUCUAGUUUCUUUUGCCGGUGAUUAAAAGAAAGAAUUGUUUCCAAGCACCUCUUCAGAUAACCACUUUUAAUACAAUGUUAUUUAUUUGGCUUAUAAGUAUAACUGUUACAAUUAACUAUUUUUCAUUGUAGGAACUCGGUGACAAGAUGCAGCAGAUUGGCAGGGAAUUUGGGGUUACGACUGGUCGAAAGCGGCGGUGUGGCUGGCUUGAUCUUGUCAUGAUCAAGUAUUCUCACAUGAUAAAUAAUUUCACAAGGUAGUAAGACUUCAUCAGUUUGUCAUGUAUUUCAUCAUUCGCUAUUCACUUUGUUCUUGUAGUAUGCUACUUCAUUUUCUCAGAAACAAGAUGAAAGUUUUUCAGUUGUUGUUACUGGCAUAAAGCUCUAUGUGCAUGGAUGCAGAUAAUGUUCACAACUACAAAUAUUAAGACAAAAGUCCAAAGUUGACCCAUGUUCCUUGUGCGUUGCCUAAGUGGGUUUUUGAAAGAAGUGUAUCGUGAGGAUGCCUACUGUUUGGAGUAAACUGAUUGAAGACUAUUCGAUUGAGAGUGGAAAAUGACUCGAGUACAGUUUGUUUGUUAAUGAUUUUUUUUAUUAUUGAAGUUUCCUCAAUUUUUUUGGCCCUAUGAUCACUAUUUUACUGUCCACUUAAUGUAUUUGUGUCCAUAACAGCCUGUACGUAGAAAUCUCUAGCUUUCCAAAUGGAAAAAUAGGCUUCCCCAUAAUGUCAAAAGUAAAAACAUUCCUAGGCUCUAACCUUCAUAGUUAGGUGUUCAUUUGUUUACAUAACUGUGAUGUUCUUUCAUGCCUUAAAAUUAUCAGUGUUAGAGUCUGUACUAGUUGCUUUUUAACCUUAAGCUUUCUUUUUUUUGACAGCCUUGCUGUUGCCAAGCUGGAUGUUUUAGACACUUUUGAAGAAGUGAAAAUUGGAAUCUCUUACAAACACAAAGGAAAAGUUUUAGAUUCUUUCCCUGGUAAGAAAACAUCUUUUUUUUCAUAAAACUGUUGCAGGCGUCAGUAAAACCCCCUCUUUGUGUCAGCAUUGGGAUUUCUCGAUUUUUGCUUUUCAUUUUGCUUCCUUUUCGUCUUUCCUUUAAUCAAUGCAUGAAAGAGAAAACAAAUCAAGAUAAUAGGCCCCAUCACUCUGUUGGCAUUUUAUUGACACCCAUUAUUGUUCAUUAUGCCAAUUACCUUGCCUGCUAGCAGACUGGGAGGUCUCUCAUAGCAAGAGAAGACCGAGAGGAAAGAAAGAGGCUUCUGCCAGCCUGGGAUGAGUUUUCUAUCACACAUGCACUGGCGUUUCCUUAACAACCAGUAACGUUUUAGUCAUGUGCGUCACAACUUACAGAACCAGUUUGGGCGAUAACUACUCUGGGCUCAGAAAAUUUCCAGCGUGCAGUCGGCUCAACAGGACAUGCGCAUUCCACAUUAAAUGAAACUAGUUUGAUAACCAGUAAGUUUCGGUCUAUUGUUGCGAUCCAGAAAUUUUGCUACCAUGGUAACGUGACGCCACACUUCUCUCUGUUUCCCGUAAAGAAAAGUCUUGUGAUAUUUUCAAUGGAUUGUUUAUUGUUCAAGCAUAGCAAAUGACAUUUUCUUCUAAUUUCAGCUUCUGUGGAAGUAUUGGAUGAAGUUGAAGUUGAAUACAUCACUUUGCCUGGCUGGAUGACCAGCAUAGAGAAUUGCAGAACAUUCAGCGAGUUGCCAGUCAAUGCUCAGAGUUAUGUCAGAAAAAUUGAAGAAAUUACACAAAUUCCAGGUCAGUUUAUUAUCAAGUCAAUGCAUACAAGGUGAUUUUUUCUCUUUACUAAGCCAAAUACAGUUGAGCCUCCUUGUAUGACCACCAGUCAAGACAUUAAGAUCACUCUUCCUUGUCAAAAGCGAGGACGAUUGAUGUUGGAACCCCUUUGAAGCGGCCAGCUCCUGUAAAUGCCCACCAAAUGUUAGUAUUUUGGGUGGUCUUGUCACGGGAGGUUAGACUAUUUAGUAGAAAUUUCAGUGAGAAGUAGCUAGUAGAAAUUUUAUUAUGAGUGACUUUUCAAAUUAUUCAGAUUUCAUUGUGAUGUAAACGGCUACUAAAAUUUCAUCGUAGGAUUUCGUUCACAGACUUUAAAUUGGAAUUUGUUUAUACAGCGUCAUAAAUAGUUCCACAUAAAAAUGCUGCUUAUAACAGGUUUCUUUUUAAGGUCGGCAUGUCCUAGGAUUUCAUCCAUAGACAAAUAAAUUUACUAUUUGUUGCCCCAUAGAAUCGUGAAUAGUACCACGUGAAAGUACCGCUGAAGGUGGUGCCAUAGGAUUUUUUCCACAGACGCAGAAAAUGAAGUACGCCUUACUCUCCACAGAUUAGACCCGAUCUCAAUUUGUGUACUUAUUGUAGUAUUUAUUGUUUGUUAAAUUGCAGUGCAAUGGGUUGGAGUUGGGAAGUCAAGGGAUGCCAUGAUAUCUUUGUUUUAAAUUCUGGAGACGUUCGAUCCUUAUAUAAUAAGCUUUCAAGAAUUCUAUCACACUUAAGUUAUCAAUCUUAUAACGCUUCUUCCAAUUCUUUUUUAAGAGUGGUUUUCAUUGCAGUUGAAUGUCAAAAAUACUGAAUUUAUGACUGCCCUGAUUUUGCUCUUUAUGAUUGGCAGAUACUGUCAACUCUCUCAAAGUCGGACACCUUCAAGACUGCGAGCAGUCUCUUAUUUUUCUUUACAAAGUUACUGCAAGAGAAACACAACCACGCGAGCGGCGAGCGUCCUAAUCCCUUACUGUAACAUAACGUCGUGGUUUGUAAUCGCGUUAGCUGAGAACUAGACAAGCAGUCUAGACACCUUCGAGACCGGCCCUAACUGUCCAUCUUAGAGAAUUGUUCGGCUUAUAGACAGUCGGGGUAACGUAACACCACCAAUUUUAAAGCUGAACCUAUUCGCAAUGAAUACACGUCUUGAAGAAAACAGCUAAAAUAGGAAUAUUGUAACAGCAAAGUGGAAUUAAUUUCUCACUGUGCAAUCAAACGUUCAGUACAAGCAAACGUUAACGGCUUCGUGAUCUAAAAGCGUGUCAGCUUGACUCUGCGAACUGAAGCAAAACUACAAAAUAUAUCAAACAUUUCGCAAUUUACUUUACAUUUCCGUUUUGAAGUAUUUUUCACUACAUAAAGCACCUCAAAAGUGUCUGUUGACGGUUUCAAAAGUGUCUGUUGUCCGGCUUAGAGAGGUGUUCGUCUUAUAGAGAGUAUAGUUACAGUAAAAUGACUGAAAAACGGCAGGGACCGAAACCAGGUGUCCGUCUUACAGAGGUGUCCGUUAAGAUAGAGUUGACUGUAAAAGUUCGUGCCACUUUCUCAAACAGUCAGAACAGAACCAAAAGCAAUCGUGUGUUGCACACAAGAGUUUUCCCGCGCUGUAUAUUUCCCUGUAGCUAUGAUUGGUUUAUUCAAUCAACUUCGCACCGUGUGUUGUGAUUGGUUAUAGAAAACAUAACUCGCUUGAAAACCGCUUUAUAACUGUCAUCAUCGUUUUGAAGAUAAUAUCGUUUUUAGAUAACGCUUUUUUGUGUGUAUUUUUUGCCUGUUUGUUUAUUGGUGUUUGUAAUUCAGUGUUUUGUUAACUGCUAUAAAUUGCAAAAUCAGUUCCCAUGAAACUUCUUACAAUGUUUUAAGGAACAGUACAAUCAACUCUCGCCUUGGCGACACCUUGCUACUACGCACACCCGAUAUGGACAGUGUCCAACCUCCGGCAAAAGUAAAGUACAGAAGUUUGACUGAAAUGAGCUCCCCGCUGCUACGGACUCUCGUUAUAAGGGACACUAGCUCGCCGUACGUCCCGAUGAUGUCUGCCGUAAACGGGAGUUGACUUUAGUUGUCGUAUCGUUAUGAUAGGAGGCAGGUAAAAAUCAGAACUUCUGGCCAGGGACUUUUGUGUUCAACUUCAACCCGAAAUUGAUGUUUGAAACCGUAUGGGGUUCUUCUUAACAAUUAUGUUAUCGAGAAAACAUUUCACAGAUACUUGAAUCUAGAAUCUAUUUAUAGUAAGUAAAAUAGAACAACAUCUUCAAAAAAAAAAACUUUUCAGAAGCAACUGAUAAAAUAAGUCUCAAUUUUGGGGCAAAGUAAAUAUGGAUGUAUGUACUUUUGACUUAUUGUCCAAGAACGUAUGUUACUUUAUUUUACAAGUGAACUUAGAUUUUUACAUGAUGCUAGUCGCACCCAUAAGUAGCUAUUUAAUAAUGUGUGAUAUUGAGUAGUUCUGUGAACUUGGCAAUAUUUUUUUUGCUUUGCGUAAGAGAUGCACAUUGAAACUUCGAUUUUGGCCAUUGUGCUGUUGCUUGUGACAUUGAAUCUAAGGGCCCUUUCCAGUUGUCAGAACUGGCCAGCCGGACCAUCACCGGACAAGUUAUUUUGACAAUGAAAUCGGCGUUUUCCAAUGGUUUUUGCUGAAGAACCAUCUCCUUCCUACACACUAUUUAGGAUUUGACUGAUCUAGCUGGAUAGUUUUGAUUAAUAGUCAAAUUCUCAUUACGAAGGAAAGGGUCUGGCCGGUCAGUUCUGACAAAUGGAAAGCGCCCUAAGUUGUGACGAAUUGCAUGAUGGUCAUGGGACUGUUUUGGGGACGCUGGGAGACUGGGUCAAAAUUAGUCCCAAAGUACAAUUCAACUAUACACCAAACCAAUCUAACGCUUAAAGUAAAAAUUAAAGUGCCAAGGGACUGUGAAAGAAUGUGCGUUGUAUUUUCUAUACACGUUGCACAGCUGUUCUGUUGAAUCUAUUCUCGAUGCAAACUUGAUGGAACGCGUGAAAAUGCGAGCGAGAGGC